AUGCUGCUUGGCAUGGUCGAGUUAUUUGCUUUUGUGAAGGUCCUUGAGGAAGAUUUUGAUGCUGUCAUGCGAGGAGUGUCCAUUGAGUAUGGCUCACAGACAAAAGGACAAACAAAUGUUGCUCAAUCGAUGGGCUGGCCAAAGCUCAAAAAACGAAAACGACACACUCAUGCGAAUGACGGCCGUGCCCCUGAUACUACUGAGAAGCUGGCACUUGACAAUAACCAUGUCAAAAACCGUUCAAAGAAAAUAGGAAGGCCAAGGGGAUCGGUCAAUGUUGACCGCAACCCAUUCACUACAUAUCCUGGCUACUCUGCUUCCAAGGAUCCUCAGCGGCGCAACCAAUGCUGGAUGGCAGCGGCAAUGGAGAGCUUGUAUGCCCUCUACAGUACACUGUGGCUGAAAGGUACCAACGGCACUGGCAAGGACCUGUUCAGUGCCUUGUGCCACCAUUUCAACUCACGCAUCACUUACGAGUUGAACGAAGUUGGCCAGAUUCUAUCAGUACUUUCUAAAGGACAAUCCAAGCUGUUCAAUCUUGCUCGCAAGAAAUAUGAGGGUAGCUUCAUCCCUGGAAGGUUCGCAUCUUGCGACUUCUUCAUCAAGAUUCUCUUGGACACCAAUAAGAACGCUACUUGCUCGCUUAAAGGCCUUUUCACAAUUGAGGAGAAACGUACAUUCAGCUGUGCUGAACACCCACACGAACAACAUCAGCACAUCAAAAAAUCACGGCCGCUUUCAACCAUUUUAAUCAAAAAGGCUCUCUUUGAUUGCAACAAGACUGCCACCAGUGAUGUUGCCAAUCUUAUCCGACAGUGGACAACUUCUGGUAUUCACACCAAUACUGGUCUUCAUUGUUGCUCCUGCCUCCCAUCGAAUCAUCAGGAAAAACAGCCGACCGGCCUUGUCUUGAAGGAUCCACCGACAGCAUCAGAUUCCGCUGGAUUGAAAUCAAACUCUCAACUGGGUUUCACAGGUGGGGUCUCUCCCCCUCAUCUAUAUUUUUUCCUUGAAGUCACAUCAAUAUUUGGCGAAGCAGAACAACGUUCUUUCAUGGCAGUUCAGGAUUGGCCAGCCAAGUUGAACUUUGCAGGUGAGAUUUACACCCUCAUUGCACGCGGAUACUGGACCGGAACACACUACAGGUGCAAGGUAGUCAGAAAUGUUGGGGGCUCAGUGGGUGUUUGGUUGCAUGACGAUCAGCUUAACCAAGGAAACACUCGCUUGAUUGGCACAAAUCCAGCGGAAAUCGGCGGGACGUCUCCAGACACAAGUUAUCUCAUGUACUCACGUAACUGGACAGCUGGCGAGAAUAAGUACAUACAGGCCCAAAUCAAACAAAUAACCAAGGACAACCCACACGUGACAGGCUCUGUUCCAUUUGCUUGCAUUCCUAGGCUUCUGAACGGCUCUGAAAAAGCAAUCCCCAGCUCGGAGAUUCUAAAUACCAGCUCAUCACCUACGGAUGAUGCAAAAUCAACUGCAACUUUGGCCAAGGUUUCGGUUGAGGAGGGAACAAAAACCAUUCAGUCGCCAACAAGCCCCAAUCACGACCACUUGUAUUCCGAUUCGAACAGUGAAUCCGAUGCAAGUUUGGUUGUGCCACCCAAGAAGAGGGGUAGGUAUGUGUCCAAGCCGAAAGCAACCAAACAAAAACCAAUGAAGGCUCCAAAGAAGGCCAAACCAUCGGCUUCCAAGGUCAAAAAAAAAGGUCCGCUCGCUAAACCGGAAGCCUUGAAGGCCAAAUCCAAUGCGGAAAUCCCUUGGGAUCGCAUGUUGGCAUGUCAGAAAGCUGACUCUGAGAAAAACAAGAAAGAAGAAGUUGAAAAUUUGAAGGCAUUAGCACACAGGUGUCCUGGUUUUGGAGAAAAAUACCUGGGAAAUGUUUGCUACCUAUCUUCGUCUGCACCUGCACAAGGAGGCAGACCCCAAAAAACGGAGGUUCGCUCUCGACCCAGCUCUUCACCCAUACUCCCCUCUACCUUGACAAAUGAAGCAUCCGCUGGCACUGGAAACACCAAAGGUCUCAAGGUAUCAUCUGUUCCUCCUCGCCGCCGGAGCUUGAGAAAAAGUGACCCCGCCGCGGGUUCAAGGUUGUAG